UAUAAUAAUAGUUUUUUCACGGUUCUUCUUUGUCUUGUACGAAGCCUUUUUAGCAAUUAUGAAUGGCCCCUGAAUUAGUGUUAAUGUAACUGGUUUGGUUUCCUUGACUCUCACAUGCGCACAGAGUUCUGCCACAAGACUGUACGGUGAAGUUGAAAUCACUGGCUUUGGGUUGCAUUCACGAGUCUCUUAAACCUCUUUGUUUCUGGGACAAAACCGUGUACUGGGAAUCCCUCCCGGGAUCAGCAACUGAUAGCAUCAUCUUUAAUUGUUACUUGGCUAUGUUUUAAAAUGUUUUCGGAUUUUUGUACAGUUUUAAGUGUCUGAUAUUUCUUAUAAAACCAGGUUUCAGGUGGGUGACGCCCAUUCACGUUCCCUCCUGUGUGCUGGGUAGUAACUUGCCGUUUCAGAAUCUCCGUGUUUUCGUUUUUGUUAACACUUAAAUGAACCGAUGUGCAAAUCGAAUGUUUUAUUUCGUUGUUAUCCAGUACUUGUUGAUAAUGCGUUAAGUUGGACGUCGAGGUGUCAAAAUGUGGUGCUCCUGCUUAAGGACUCUUGUACUUCCCUUUGCAGCACGGGUCGGAGUUCCUCUGCGGGUGACAAUGAGAAAGGGACGGCUGCAGGGCCCAGCUCCGCCAUGGACUCCAGCUCAGAGUCCGUGGAUGGCGACCAGAAGCCCCCCUCGGGACUGGAGCACCCCGCCACACAGGCCAUGCUCGCCCAGGACCCAGUUCCUCAUCACGGUACAGAACUGUUCAGCAACGAGUUGAAACCCAGUGUUGCCAGUCUUCAAGCUACUGUGAUGUCUAACGCGACGCUGGCUGCUGCGGCGGCGUACCAAUCGCAGCUCGGCUUGGCCACCGCAAGAGCUGGCGUCGGGCCAGUGGCAGAGCAGCAAGCAAGUAGUUCUCUUUCUCAUCACCAUCACCAUGGAGACGCAGCGCUGCUCCACGACUAUCACUCCUUGUGACAGUGGGUUGCUGGCUACGGUUAUAGCCAGUGAGAAUGUUAACGCCUCUUCGUGUCAUUGUAAGGGACAUUGCAUAGUGGAAACGUUUUUACAAUGAGCUGACCUCAGUUUCUGUUCCAUCGCUAGUAACUUACAUGAUCUAUAUAGUAAAUACUUUUUUCUUUGUUCGUUUGUGUUUGUAAUGACUGUUAGCAGACUCAAAUUCGCGAUGUGGAAGGGUGAAUUAGAAAAAAAGAACACACAACAAGGAAAUUCUCUCCAGUUACUUGGAACCACUUUUCCUUUAGCAACUUUGUCACCUGCGUUGCCCAUCCUAGCCGUGUUGGUGGCAACUGGACUGCCUUCGGAUUUCAGUGAGGUCCGGAGGUUGGGGAGGCCACGUCCGUUGGGAAGUGAAUUGCAAAGAAGAACGGCCCCAUAACUCUGCAUAUAUAUUCAGUGAUUAUUUGAAAUUGCCGACGAAUGUCCUUUAUGAAGUCCUUUGUGACCAAAGAAAUAGCUUCACAGUUUUAAUCUGUUCAUGGCACAAAUCCUGUAUGGUGUGAUGUCCACGUGCAACAUUUAUGAGCCAUAUUGCCACCUGACUAGUGUGCACCAUACAUUGAACUACUUACACAUAUAUCGCCGUACUUGUCAGUCCUCGCUAUAACCACUGGUUAACGUUGUUGAGGGGAGAGAGUUCGUAAAGCGAAAUUACGUAAUACAGAUCUCUCUCUUAUAGGCACAUUCGUUACGUUCCUGAGCGACCAAAAAUGACUAAAAAUUAAUGAUCACCUGUUUCAGUGCCUAAAAUCAAAACACGCAAACGUCGAAAACAUAAUGACAAUGAUGAAAUCCUGUUACGUUUUAAGGAAAUACCAUUAAAAUGUUGGCGAAUUUACAUCGUUUAAUCCGUCACUAAUAUGUUACAACCCCCCCCCUCCAAAUAAGAGGAAGUCUGGAAGUCUUGUACAACACGCACAUCAGAGAAGAGCAUAAGGCGAGCCGACUGGGCUACGUUGCGUUCGUUUUCGUUCGCUCAUAUUGGUUUUUGUCCCGUUCUGAAUAUAAGCCGAGCGUAUGCACUUCGUUAAAGAAGUUCGUAUAUACGAAAAUUCAUAAAGCAAGUGGUAUAUCCCGUGUUGGAAGUCCGCUGUACAAACGUUAGUUACCAUUUGUGAAGCUCUGUACGACAAUAGCCCGUGACCAUAGUGGAAUGUGUCGAAGAUAAAAGAAAACAGUUGCAGUCGUAAAUACUUAAGAAUGGGCGUCGUCAAAGUAUUGAAAUUCUACACAUAAAUGGAGUUUUCGGCAAAUUAAAAUAUUUCCAUGUCGAAAAUAUAAAAUUAAUUGCUGGCUUAAUCCUCUGUGUUGCUGAGCUCAGUGUUAACGUGAGCCCGUAUAGAAGAUGAGACGUUUCCAUACUCAUUACAGUUUUGGUUUCGUUGUAGCUGCUUUACCGCCCCCUUUCGGCGGUUUUGUGGGCGCUUGAAUCAGUACACAGUAUGUAUAUGCACAACCUUACAAUACAGUGUUUGUUCAAAACAGCAUUAAAUGAAAUAAAUACGAAUAUGCAGUAAGUUAAGUGCGUUGUGCUUACCAUCUCUUCCGCCCCCUUGUGGACGCAACCUGUUACUCAUCCAGUUUUAUUUACACGUUUUUAAAGCAUCUUCUUUCAUGAACACACAAUCCACAGUAACUGCUAACAUUUUCGGUCGGUUCCUUGUUUUAUAUUUCUGUAGACGGGCAAGACACCGAAAUACCAGGAACUUGUAGCAGAUUUUUUUUAAAUUUAUUAAUUAAAGACAGGGUAACCCAGAACUUAAUUACAAUUAAAACUAGUUGGAUA